UUUUUACAGCGUACAAACUUUUUUUGUGAUUGCAGUAGGCAUUGAUGUAGGUUUACACAGAUUAACUCGUUCUCUCAGUAUAUACUGAGAGACAGCGACAGUACGACAGUACAGCUGCCCUCGGUCUGCUCUCCUGAAAGCUCAAAGUAAGCACAGUAUUUGUAUGCCAACAAUCAAUGCCGUGGACUAUGAGGAAUGAGCUCCUGACUCUCUGACUGAGGGACAGCAUCAAUACAAAACAUUCACCUUAAACAAGUUGGGAAACACCUUGGGUUCCAGCACUAUGUCCCAUUGAUUUCUGUGCAGCUCAACAUGGAUUCUACACCAUUUAGACAUUUAAUUCCCUUUCAAGCAAAGUCAUUACACAGCCGGGCAUUUAAUUAAGCAAUCACAGCGGUGCAAUCUAAAUGAUUCAGUGUCUAAACGAGGGGCCGAGUUGGCAGUAUUUAGAUGUGGGCCAAGUUGGCAUAAUGACGCCUUAACAAUCUGUCACUGAGCUGCUUUUGGAAUUUUAACUUUUGAGGGAAAAUAAAAUCAAACUUGUCCAUAACUUUUUUGUUUUGUUUUUUACAAUCACAGCAAAACAACAUACACCAUCUUCAAAUGGGUAAAACAACAACCAUUCCAGUUGCUUGUGUGUUAAAGGAGGUGGAAAGAGUCAGGAGUUCAUGGCUGACCUGUUUCCAGUGCAAGAGAAAUAUCAUUUUAGGGACAUGGGCACAGAUGUGUCUGAGGAUGUAGUCGGUGUUGUCACCUCUCCACGCCUCUGUGAACAGGGCAACAGUUUAUUGUGUCUGUGCAAGGCCUCUGUGUGCCUGCUCUGCCCUGGCCUCAAAUGAGCUCAGCUGUAGACACAUUGGAUUUUCAGAAACGUUCAUUGUUGUGCAGUCAGCGUUCAUUUUUUUGUGUGUGUGAAUUUUGAAAGACCUUUGACGAAAUGACAAACUGCCAACACAGUACUUUUGUCUGAGGAGUGAACUGAAGUUUUCUUGAAGUUAAUCAUUUCUUUGCCACACUUUGUAUUAGCACUCCUGUACGUAAAAACAAUUAGGCAAGGACAAAAAGUAGCACUUCUUGUAAUUAGUACAAAGCUCCAACAAAGAAUAGAAACUACAUAAUUGAAUUCGUGUUCAGUUAAAUGGUGCACAAAAAAAACAAGAAUGAUUCAGUGGUCAGAAAUGACAGAAUCGCUGUUGAUCUGCACUACAAGAAAAGAAUCAUUUUACUGCCAGACUGCUGUGACACGUUGAAAAUCCCUAGACACUUUUCUCUCGAGAUUUCUGAACAUAAACCUACAGAUUGUAAAUGUGGAUUUCUAGCUACACAAUCACACCUGUUUCUUUACAAAUCUGUGUUUUUUACCUGAACUUUGACAUUCUAAACUCCAACUACAGAUGUUAAUCAAAGUUAAGGCUUAAUCCCGGCCCUGAUAAGAUGUUCCAUUUAGCCAGCUCGUUUUUGUUGGGGGCUCGAUCAGGUGAAAUGGAGAGGAACUGAUUGCUUGUGGUGAUUGUGCUGAUUGCAUUUUAAAUUUAAAACUCUCCUUCCUUAAAGGUGGUGGUAAACCCUUUUUAGAGACAAACACAACUCCAACUUUAGUCAAUAUUAAGGUUCCUAAAAAAUCUCAGAGGAAUGUUAAAAAUACCUGGCUUUAACUUUAGAUGGAACACAGCAAUUACAAUUGACAAUUAUUGCACAAUUGUGAGGUGAAGAUCAUUUAUUAUUGUUAUUCUAUUAAUGUUUAUUAAACAAAAAGCACAUUAAUUAAUUAUCUUCAGCCUCCCUAUGUUGAAUUUUUUUUUUUUUUUUUUUGCAUAGACCGAGAGCGCCCCCCACAUACACACCCACACCAGUCAACAUAUUAUGGAUGCCUUUGCUACAGCUGUCAUAUCACUGACAUUUCAAAAUAUAAGAUGAAAGGCAUUUGCAUGAAAUACGGGGCUGAAUCAAGUAUUAGCAUAACGGGAGGGUAUAUUUCCAAUUGUGUCCAUGCAUGGCCUCUCCCAGAGAUGACAGAUUGUGUCAUGUCCUACAUAUGGUACAUUGGUGUUAAACCCUACAUGAGCUGCUAAGUGCAUGACAAAAAUGAAAAUGAUGAAAAACAUGGAGAAAAAAGGAAACAAGAAAGACUAAAAGGCAUAAUUCAUAUACUUCUUGCAGGUGGGAAAUUAAUGUGAAAUUUGUGGCAAAAAAAGCAGAGAUGAGAUAUGCAAAUCAUUUUACAAAAUCACAACGUUUUUGGAACGCUUGAAAGACUGUGGUUUAAUAUCAUGGUUUAUCACGGAUUACAUCAUGCUGUCUUUGUUUCAGAUUUCAUCUCUAAAGAUUUCUACCUUAGUGUGACAUGAUAUUAGGCUCCUUACAUUUGACUAUUGCAUUGUUUUAACAUUUAAAUGUUUUUAAGUUAAGGCAGGCCAAUGUGACAAUAAUUAUUUUGUUGUUGUUUUUGUAGUAGUAGUAGCCGUAGUAGUAGUAUAAGUAGUAGUAAUAUUAGUAGCAGUAGUUGUAUGAGUAACUAGAUAUCUGUUGUUCACUGGUUUUUUUAACAAUUAACAACAGAAAACAUGGAUCACGUGGUUUAAAAAAACUUGUGAAAGGUAUCAUCAUGCUACUCAACCAAUGAGAGCAUUUGGGGGCGGCCCAACUCAGCUGAAACUCUAACAUGAACCGGGCAGAAGUACUGAACUCUCACACAGCCAUUUUAAUUAUCUAAUAAAUUCCAGGCAACUUAGAUAUUUGUAAAUAUUGCAGCCAAAUCUCUGUAACACUGGCGAGCCACAGGUCUGAAUUAUCAUUUUAAUACUAUACAUACAGUUGAUCACAGCAGAGGUUUAUUGUACUUUGGUUUGUAUAGCAGUACAGCUAAAAUAAAAGUGCACAAUACAUCAUUUUUAUAGUCAUGACAUAAUUUUUGAAUUUGAAAAACAAUGCUUAUUCUUCUGAUUAUUCUACAUAACAUAUGAAAUGCAUUACAUUAAAUUCAUAUAAUCACUAGUUAAAUUCUAUUUUUUGUGCAUCUUCAUGAAAAUCACCGAUCAUUGUGAAUUAUUGGCGAUGUUAAAACGUAAUGCUGCAAGCCUAAUCACAUCGAGUGCUCGUUUGUUCAUUUUUGUCACUUCUAGACAAAACCAGCUUGUACUCAGCCAACUGUAAAACAUGACCUUUUGAGAUGAGGACAACAGCUCAUGAUGCUUGGCUGUGAUGAGGAAAGAUGAUCCAAUACAACUCAGCAUCUCAUCAGCGAUCUUACCAGUUUGGAAUGUUGAAUGGCGAUUGCUGCCUCGGACCAGAGUGAUAAAAGAAGAGAACUCCUCAGAAUCUCCCUAUAGAAAAACACAGAGAGGAAAGUGAGCGGAUACAUCAGGCGAAUGCGUCACCUCUCGACCAAGACAGAAUGAGGAAAAAUAGGAGCCGGCUUCCACAACGCUGAGGAUAAAUAUCUGCGGUUGGAUUCAUCUCUGAAAUCUGUCUGGCAUACGUUGAUGAACGAUUGGAAGAUAAGGAUAUCAAAGAGCCUCUGGACUAUGUGACCCCUGAUUAAAAACUGGAGUAGAUCCAUCCAACACUAUGAGGAGACACAACAGCCUCUGCAAACUGCGACCUGUGCUGCUCUUCUUUGCCUCUUUAUUGAAACUGAAUGUUGACAGUGACCUACAGGUGACUGCUGGAAAUCUAAGUAACAAAUCAGGCGUAUACUUCACUACCUUGAGCAAGAAUCAACCCCAUCAUCGGCCGCUACUUUCUACCUCAACCGACCUCGUUAGGUUUCAUUCCAACAGCACGAUCCCCUCGCAUCCUGAACUGUGAAGACAGUCAACAACCUGAGGGCUUUUUAAAACGAGAGCACCCCACACCUUAAAAAGAUGGAAGUUGGAAACGAGGUAAGUCGACUACACCAGGCAUCACCACAUGGGGGACCCAGUGAUUGUUCGGUGACUGAGAAAUUUGUCAGAUUAGAUGAUUCUCAUUUCAUUAUUUUUCCAACGGUCGGGGCUACAGACAGCGGGUGUUACUUUUCAGUAACUAUCAGUAGCUUUACUCAGUUUACCCAUCAAAUCAUGUGUUUACCCUGUGCCACCAGUAUUAGUCAUGGGAUGGUUGUGAAGGAGUGCUUGAACACUGAUGCUGAGACACUGAGGGAAAACCAAAAGAUGGGUUGUCUGAAAAACUGAGACAAAAUGAAAUCUCUGGCAGGGCAGUCACACACUUAAUUAAAAGAGAAACAUUUUGUUUUAAAGUUCUGUUUCACCUAAAAAAAAAAGCACUUUUUAGUUAUUGUUUUCUGAAGAUGUUGAUUUUAACUUGAAAAGCAGACCUUCUCUCUUUAGGCUGCAGCCUCUUUAAGGGUUAUUCAGCUCUGUUUGCACUUUUACAUUUAUUUUUAUUUCUGAGGCUUCUGUUUUAUUUAACCUAAACAUAAAAUGCUGCUGUUAUUUAACCAUUUUCAACAUAACUCAUCAUACAUCAUCCAAAAUGUGAUACACAUAAACAUUGGUGGUUUGAUUUAGAAUGGACGAAGGACGUAUUUGUGUGUUUUUGGCCUACAACACUGUAGUUUUUGUAGACAAAACUAAAUGGUGUCCAAUUGAAAAACGUGAAACAUAGGGUGAAUACUGUAAAACUUCUAAUAAUGCUGUACAUCUCAGCAUGUCUGGAUCACGGUUUGUUUCUUUUUUUAUUGGCAACAGAAAAUGCCCUACAGCACUGGAACACUGUUGCUAUGGUGCUCAUAAAUGCAGCUGGUCUUUACAUCUUUUUUCUAAUUGCAUAGUUUGUGUUGUUUGCCAGACUUUUUGGUUUUAAUGACAUUCAAACAGCAACAGAAGUCUUUAGAAGAAUAACUGUGUGCAUGACCGGUCACACUACCUUCUCCACCCCCAGCCCCCUCACCCCCACCGAGUAGGGAAUAUCAUGUUAUGUGAGGGGGAUCACGCGGGAGUCAGAAAAUCCGGGUAGUCAUGCGAUAAUCCGGUAUUUAAGCAGGACUAUUGGCUUCUUUUAGGGAAACGGGGGCCAGGUGCUGGAGAGAGGAUGUUUUAAACUCACUCAGUAACUAAGUACGCGAUUAGAGGUGUUGGUGGUGUAACUAUUAAAAAAGAAAAAGAAAAAAGAAAACAUCCUCAUCCUAAGGUUUCUGUCGUGCGUUAACUUUGGAGACUCUGGUUAGAUAAUGUGGCGCAGCUGCUUCUUGGUGCUGCUGGGCGCCGCGAUCGCCGUCGCUCAAUUCCCCAGACAAUGCGUGACUCCUGAAGGUCUAGAGAGCGGAGAGUGCUGCCCGACGCCCACCGGGCUCACGAACGACCCGUGCGGUUCGAGCGCGGGCCGCGGACAGUGCGUCUCUAUCUCAGCCGACACGCGGCGCCACGGGCCUCAGUAUCCGCACGACGGACGUGACGAUCGGGAACGAUGGCCGGUCCGCUUCUUCAACCGCACCUGUCAGUGUAACGGGAACUUCAGUGGCUUUAACUGCGGCCGCUGCAGACAUGGAUGGACGGGACCCAACUGUGACCAGCAAGUACCUGUUGUAAGAAGAAACGUGAUGCAGCUCAGCGCGGAGGAGAAGCGUGCCUUCGUGAACGCGCUGGACCAGGCCAAGCGCACCGUGCACCCGGACCUGGUGAUCGCCACACGGCGUUACGCAGAGAUCUUUGGGCCUGACGGCAGCACGGUGCAGUUCGAGAACAUCACCAUCUACAACUACUUCGUGUGGAGUCACUACUACUCCGUCAGUAAAACCUUCCUGGGUACUGGUCAGGCCAGUUUUGGGGGAGUAGACUUCUCCCAUGAGGGUCCGGGUUUUGUCACCUGGCACCGGUUCCACCUGCUGCAGCUGGAGAGCGACAUGCAGGAUAUGCUGCAGGACCCCUCCUUUGCCCUGCCCUACUGGAACUUUGCCAUUGGUGGAAGCACAUGUGACAUCUGCACAGAUGACCUGAUGGGCGCCAGGAGCACUUUUGAUAUUAAUUCUCUCAGCUCCAACUCUAUCUUCUCCCAAUGGAGAGUCAUCUGUGAGAGUGUAGAGGACUACGACACACUGGGAACCAUCUGCAACAAUACUGAAACAUCUCCCAUCAGGAGGAACCCAGCAGGGAACGUCAACAGGCCGAUGGUGCAGCGUCUCCCAGAGCCCCAGGAUGUAGCAGACUGUCUUCAAAUUAACACCUUUGACACACCACCUUACUACUCCACCUCCUCUGAAAGUUUCAGAAACACAAUUGAAGGAUACAGCGCCCCCCAGGGGAACUAUGACCCCGUGGUCAGGAGUUUACACAAUCUGGCCCAUCUUUUUCUAAAUGGGACAGGAGGACAGACUCAUCUCUCACCCAACGACCCCAUCUUUGUGUUACUUCACACAUACACCGAUGCAAUCUUCGACGAGUGGUUGAGGAGACACAGUCUAGGUUCUGAAAUUUAUCCUGAGGAAAAUGCUCCCAUUGGUCACAACAAAGGCUACAACAUGGUGCCUUUCUGGCCUCCGGUGACUAAUGCUGAAAUGUUUGUGACAGCGCCUGAAAAUCUUGGUUACUCUUACGAGGUGGAAUGGCCAGGUCAGCCUUUCACUCUGACUGAAAUCAUCACCAUGGCAAUCAUUGGCGCCCUCCUGUUGGUCGCCGCCAUUUUUGCCGUCACAACCUGUGCAGUGCGUGCCAGGUCUUAUAAGAUGGAGGGCCACCAGCCACUGCUUGUGGAUCAGUACCAGCGGUACGACAGUGACAAAAGCCAGUCCGUGGUUUGAGAUGUGUGCUUGAGGACAGGCUUGAACAAAAGGUCUCCUUGGUGUUGUCUGUUAAGAGUUUUUAUUUCACCUAAUUAACUAAGACCCACGUUCAUGGAAGAUUUCAGCUCUCACAAAACUAUUUUUUAUUUAGCUUUUUUGCUUUUACUCCGCUCAUAUCUAGCUCUUAUUUUUAAUACACUGGUGUAGACACAUUUGUCUAAAAUAAAUAAAUAUGUGUCCUUAAGAUUUCAGGGUAACAUACAUUUUGAACAUGACAUGGCCGACGUCACUAGAUGGUGCUCAAAAAGUCGCUAAUCUGCUUUUCAGUAUGUCAUUUAUGUAUAAUAAAACAUAUUCAUUACAUAAUCUAAAGUGGGGUAGACAAUGCGGAAGUAAUCUAGUUUUAUUUUACGUAACUUUCUUUGUCUUUGUCAGAGACAAAUAAAACAAGAGAUGAUAUUGUAGUACAUUGAAAAUAAUUAAUUAUAACUACUAUUCUAAUACAUAUUAGCCCAAAACAUGCUUAGUAUGCGUUAGUCACAUAAGAAUUAUUAGAUUUAGAUUUAAGUUCCCAGUGCUCGUAAUCAUGCAAUAUAUCCCAAAUGACCACCAGGGGGUGUAACAGUUAGAUCUUUCAAACUGCCUGUGCAGCGUUCAAAGUAGUUAUGUGCUUUUUUAUUGUUUAUGUCAAUAUACAUUGUAUUCAGGAAGUUAUUGUCGUGCCGUAAUUGUUGUUAAUAAUUAAUUAAGAUUUUUAAAAAUGCGAUUAUUUACAGGGAUGGUAAUUGCGUUGAGUUAAAGUUUUAAUCCAAUACAACUAUGCUUGUUAUAUUUACUGGAAUCUAAACUAUUCUGAAAUAGUUUUCAUGUAAAUAGCAAAGCUGUUUGCCAACAUAUCUAUACUAUAUGCAAGCAGUGUUUGUAUCAAAAUUGUUUAUUCACAACAAUAUUAUAGAAGCCAGGCUCCCGUCAAGUUUGGGUAAAUUCUAAUGUUUGCUCUAAUUUUAAAUCUGUUACUGUAAUGCUUAAGGUUUGGAGACCUGGUAAAUAAACGGUAGACAGCUCAGGGCUUGACAAGGUCAUAAUAAUAAGCUGUUCAAGGCUGUUAUAGAGACCUGAGAGACAUGUCUUAACAUGUUCCACUGAUUAAAAUCAGACACAUUUGGACAUUUUAG